GCUAGAGACACCCCUCUGGGGCAAGACUUGCUUCAAUGGAGCUUUGAUGCUCACUGAGUCUGGCCCCUGAGUGUGUCCUUUUAUUCUAAAACUUUUUUAAAGAUUAUGAAGAGUUAACAUGGGGGAAAGGUAAGAGACUUUCUACUAAGGGGCAACAUGUAGUCAUUUUGUGGAUGAUAGACAUGAAACAGUCACAGGAAAAGGAGUAUAAAGUCAAGUGCAGACGUGUGGCAAAGACAACAACAGUAAAUAUAUUUUUGUCUCCUGGUCGUUUUAACUUUGGUUUUGAUUCUGAGUAAUUCAAGGUUCCACAUCCGAAGACUCUACCACUGUACAGAUAACAUUUUAUUGCAAUUGAAUUCAUUUCAAAAUUCCAUACUGGCGACCGCACCUUCAUAAUCAAACUAUAUUCUUUUAUUCAUGCAGAAUGAUGAGCUUAUAGCAAAACUGCAACCGUCAUCUUCAAAAUGUAUAUGUCUGGAUGAAGAAAAGACACCUCAACAGGAGUUAGCAAUGGAAACGCUUCUAAAGAGACGUGAAGAACUAAAGCCUAAACAAGACCCGUGGAAACAAAGAGCAGGAAAACUCAGAACACGAAUGGAUAUGCGCAGGGCAGAAGACUGUGUAGGAGAAAAGUAUAAAGUAAAGAUUGAAGAAACUGCAAAGGAUCUAGCAGACAAAGUGACACAACUCGACUUAUUUUUACAGACACAAAGAGCAUCUCAAGCAACCUCAGAGGAGUUAAUAUGUACUCGUAAUGCUUCAAUAAGAAGUCAUUUGGAAUUCAGAACUCCUCUUUUUGCAAACUUCUCAAGAUGACAGCAGAAAGAGAAUCGGAAAAAUAUGUGCGACUCUAUCAAGAAGAAUUGGAACCCAGAAAAUUAUUGGAAAAGAAAUGAACUUUAUACGUCAAAUGCAGAAUCAGAGAAAAUAAAUUUAACUCGCCAAUUAGCCUCUAAACUUAAAACAUAAUUACUAUUGUGCCAGGUUCAUGAGAUUAGCAGGGCGUGAAAGCUAACUAAAUAGUAUAACUUUGGCAAAUGAUGUUAGUAAAUAAACUUACCUUUCAAAUGUUCCUUCAA